UCAAUUUUGUGCCACCGACCGGCGUGGGAGCAGAUAAGGCGCACUACGGACAGAAGCAGCACACAAGCGCGACACCUCUCCAUCGAUUGCAUCGCUCCCCACCUCUUUUUUAUGAGCUGUAACCGAUCACGUCUCCCAAGUUCUUGUUGUGCCCCGACAAACUCAAAGUGGCAGGCAUCUGUGCCACUGGAGAUGCUUCACUAGAGGAUUUUCUACUGCCGCACUCUCGCCCUCGCUCCGUUUCUAGCUCUCGUCCUCCCCCUUUCCUUGAUUUCGAGGGCGGGCAUGGCUUCCGCUUCUUGCCCUCCCAUUUGUGUUCCUGCUACCUCCUUCUCUAGCCCGCGGCGGGGCAUGCUUCUGUCGAAUUCGCGGCCGUCGCGGUUGGCGGCGGUCCGGUGUUCGCUGGAUAGCCAGGUCUCUGAUAUGAGGAUCAACGCUCCAAAAGGAUUAUUUCCACCAGAACCUGAACACUACACAGGUCCUAAGCUUAAAGUGGCUAUCGUUGGAGGUGGGCUUGCUGGCAUGUCCACUGCAGUGGAACUUCUGGAUCAGGGGCAUGAGGUUGACAUAUAUGAAAGCAGACCGUUCAUUGGUGGCAAAGUGGGUUCUUUUGUUGAUAAGCAAGGAAAUCAUAUUGAAAUGGGAUUGCAUGUAUUCUUUGGUUGUUACAGCAAUCUUUUUCGUCUUAUGAAAAAGGUAGGUGCUAAUGAAAAUUUGUUGGUUAAGGAUCACACGCACACCUUCGUGAACAGAGGGGGUGGAAUUGGUGAACUUGAUUUUCGGUUUCAACUUGGGGCACCGAUACAUGGCAUACGGGCAUUUCUAGCAACCACACAACUCAAGCCUUAUGAUAAAGCAAGGAAUGCUGUUGCUCUUGCUCUAAGCCCUGUUGUUCGGGCUCUUAUUGAUCCAGAUGGUGCAUUACAAGAGAUAAGGGAUUUAGAUAAUAUUAGUUUCUCCGAUUGGUUCUUGUCAAAAGGUGGUACACGUAUGAGCAUUCAGAGAAUGUGGGAUCCUGUUGCUUAUGCCCUUGGAUUUAUUGACUGUGAUAAUAUAAGUGCUCGAUGCAUGCUCACCAUUUUUGCACUUUUUGCCACUAAGACAGAAGCUUCCCUUUUGCGUAUGUUGAAGGGCUCUCCUGAUGUAUAUUUAAAUGGGCCUAUCAGAAAGUAUAUUAUAGACAAAGGUGGCAGGUUUCACCUGAGGUGGGGCUGCAGAGAGAUACUUUAUGAGAAGUCACCUGACGGCAACACAUAUGUUACAGGCAUCACUAUUUCUAAGGCUACAGACCGGAAAACUGUGCAGGCUGAUGCUUAUGUUGCAGCAUGUGAUGUUCCUGGAAUUAAAAGAUUGCUUCCAUCUCAGUGGAGGGAGUGGGAUGUUUUUAACAACAUAUACCAAUUAGUUGGAGUUCCAGUUGUCACCGUUCAGCUUCGGUACAAUGGCUGGGUUACAGAGCUACAAGAUUUAGAGAUAUCAAGGCAACUGACCCAAGCUGUUGGACUGGACAACCUUCUUUAUACCCCAGAUGCAGAUUUUUCUUGCUUUGCGGACCUUGCACUUACAUCACCAGAAGAUUAUUACAUCGAAGGACAAGGCUCUCUUAUCCAGGUUGUACUCACACCUGGUGACCCAUACAUGCCAUUGCCUAAUGAUGCAAUCAUAGAAAGAGUCCAGAAGCAGGUCUUGAAUUUGUUCCCCUCCUCUCAAGGUUUAAAAGUUCUUUGGUCUUCCGUCGUUAAAAUUGGGCAAUCCUUGUAUCGAGAGGCACCUGGAAAUGACCCAUUCAGGCCUGAUCAAAGGACACCGGUGAAAAAUUUUUUCCUUGCUGGAUCCUACACUAAGCAGGAUUACAUUGAUAGUAUGGAAGGGGCAACUCUUUCUGGUAGACAAGCAGCGGCGUACAUCUGUAGUGCCGGGGAAGAAUUAGCAGAGCUAAGAAAGAAGCUUGCUUUGAUCGACUCAGAAAGGAUCAAGAAAGACUCCACCACAGCCGAAGAAUUAAGCCUGGUUUGAUGUCAGAUAAGUUGUGGUGCACCAUCAUUCAGUUCCAUUGUUGUGGGUUAGAUUCUACCUCUCUCUGGCAAGCUUCAUGUUUGAUCUUUGUAUAUGAUAUGUAGCAACCAAAUUACACUUGCAUACCGGCAUACGGGAUAAAUUCAGGCAAAUAGCAAUUGCAUUUAGAAAUUACACUUUGGUAUUUCGAAUGAUCCAUCCUAAAUGUAGUAUUGCUUUUCAGGUCGAGUUAUGACCUCUUGGCCUUCUUA